GAGUUCGAGUCCAGCCGGAGGCAGAUCGAGCUGUUGCUGCAGCCGCCGCGAUGUCGGGGCUACGCGGGCAGAGCCGCGGCGUGCGCUCGGUGCUGGGCACCAUGGAGUUCGGGCGCAGGGCAGACGCGGCGGCCAGCGGGGCGAUGCUGCGCGCGUUCCUGGCCCGCGGGCACUGCGAGCUGGAUACCGCGCAUUUUUACGCGGGGGGCGAGUCGGAGCGGAUCCUGGGCGCCUGGCUGGCGGCUGAACCCAAGGCUGCGGCGGCAGGUGGGUCGGUGGAUUGGGGGGCCGGAGACGAAGGCUGCUCUAGACGUCCAGUGGGUCAGCAACGGUUCCUCUGAGCGCAUGCAGAGUGCCACACACACACAGAGCCGCGAGCAAUCACCGGAGUCUGAUCUAGAUUCGAAUCGAGUUCUGUGCACACGCUCAGAAGGGCUGACUCUCAGCGACAGCCUUGCAUGCAAGCAGAAGGUCCCAAUUCAUGCUGCAGGUGUGUGUGCCUUGCCUGAAACCCUGGAGAGCAGUUGCUGCUGCCAGUCAGUGUAGACAAUCCAGAGUUUGAUGGACCAAGGGAGCCGAGUAAGGUAGUUUCCUAGGAUCUGUUGUUGUCUUCUAUCUAGUCCAGCCUGCAGUGCUUGCUCCAACCAAGCAAUGGUGCGUUUGAGCAUGUGUGGAGUGCAUCUCUCCCUUCUCCUACCCCCCACCCUUUCAAUGCAGUCAAAAGUGAUCUACCCUCAUCCCUCCCCUAAAUAAAUCCCUGCUCCCGUUAAUCUAGAUUCCAGAAAUGGGGGAGAUACGGGCCAGCUGCUCUGCAAAUGUUCUCUGGCACCAGCCCCCUUCAUCCCCAACCCGCCUGGCUGGUGAUCAGGAAUAAUGAGAGAUCAUGGUAAAGGUAAAGGUAAAGGGACCCCUGACCAUUAGGUCCAGUCGUGGCCGACUCUGGGGUUGCGGUGCUCAUCUCGCUUUAUUGGCCGAGGGAGCCGGGGUACAGCUUCCGGGUCAUGUGGCCAGCAUGACUAAGCCGCUUCUGGCAAACCAGAGCAGCACACGGAAAUGCCGUUUACCUUCUCGCCAGAGUGCUACCUAUUUAUCUACUUGCACUUUGACGUGCUUUCGAACUGCUAGGUUGGCAGGAGCAGGGACCGAGCAACGGGAGCUCACCCCGUCGAGGGGAUUCGAACUGAUCGGCAAGUCCUAGGCUCUGUGGUUUAACCCACAGCGCCACCCGCGUCCCAAAUGAGAGAUCAUGGGGUGCUGCAAAUGCAGGAGUUAAAUUGUGAAUUCAGUGACAUCUGGAAGGCCAUGGAAGAGUCCCAUCUCUGGGUGUCCCUUUGCCAGGGAGCGCAGUAAUUUAAAUAUGAACCAGUUGCUCCCCCCCCCAAUUCCAGUUAGAUUUCUGCAGCAAGCAGGUGCAUUAGCAGGAGAAUUCCUCGCUUUCAACCUUUGCUCUUACUGUUCUUUCUUUCCAGGGUUGGUCAUCCGGUUAAUCAACAACCUGCAAAUCAAAAGGACCAUUUGCAUUGUUACCUUUGGUCCAGCUGACAAAAUCUCCUGUUAGUGCGGCAAAGGCUUGCUUAGGGGCCUGAGAAGGGAAAGCACUCUGUACAUGCUCAGAGCUGGGCCGUGCUGAUCUGAUGCUCACUUGUAUUAUGGCCUUCGUCUAGGAAAUGGAGGGGAAAUGUACUUUUUUUUACUUAUUUGUUAAUUGCUAUUUUACUGCUCAUUUGCCCAGUAUGAUCCUUUUGGGGCUCUUUGCCAUCCCUGAACAAUUUGGUAAACCUAACUCCAGGUCAUUUAUGAAUGGGUUAAAAAGAGCUAAUGGACAGGAUUGGUCUGAUCCAGGACGGUUCUUACAAUUUGUUCCCCCCCCCCAAUUUGUUUUAUUUAUUUUCACAAAAUUGUAAGCACACAAACAUACAAACAAACAUAAAUCAUAAUCUUAUUAAAACUAGUCUUAUUAACAUUGUUAAGUGACUUCCUCGUACCCCCCUAGUUGAAUUUCAGUGCGAAUCAUUUUAACGGUUUUCCAAAUCAUAAUUCUUAUAAACCUAAUCACUUAACAUCUUUCUUUCUUACCAAUUCAGCAUUAAACAUAUUAAUUCAACACAUUACAUAUUUAAAUCCUAAGCCUAUCUGGUAAUUGCAAGCUUUUUCCAAUUAAUUUAACUUAACAUAUUUAACUAAAUAGUCAUUAAAUUUCGUCCAUUCUUCCUGAUACUCUUCCUCCUUCUGGUCGCGGACUCUUCCGGUCAGGUCGGCUAGCUCCGAAAAAUCCAUCAUCUUCACCUGCCAUUCUUCCACAGUUGGUACUUCUUGCAUUUUCCACUUUUUAGCUAGUAAGAUUCGAGCAGCAGUUGUGGCAUACAAAAAUGACGCUUCUUACAAUUUGGGGCUGGAUCUACCUGCAGCUUUGCGCUACAAGAUAGAACUUCCACAGUCAGUGGCAGUAUACCUGGGAUCCCUUCCAACUUUACAAUUAUGUGAAUCUGUGAUCCAAUAUGGCAGGGUGAGGGGGGGCGGGAAUCUUUUUCUGCAAUCCAGGCAAGGGAGGUGUAUUGCCAGACUUCAAGGACACUUUCCAACACAGAGCCAUUAAGAGAUGUGGCUUGCGAACUGUCCCAAGGGCAAGAUAGGCAGAUCAGGAGGGCUGCAUGUAGUCCAAGGUCCUGGAGUUUCUGAUAAUUUCAUACACCCUCCUUGUCUGUGUUUGGCAAGAGCUCAGGUUCCUUUUGUUCCCUUAUCGCGUCCUUUUCUCCACCAGUCAAGGUAGCCUCCAAGUCACCUUCCUGAAUCACCUUGCUGACACUGUAGAACCCACGGCCUGCUUUUAGUAAGCUGUUUUUUUUUUAAAAAAAAUUUUUAUUAAUUUUUACAUGACAUUUCCAAAAAACAUACAACAUAUUUUCUUGUCUUAUUCAGUGUUUUGGAGUUUCAUCAACCACAUCUGAAGAUUUUUCCAUCUUUAUCACUUAAUCUGCAUUUCAUUAAUUCCACUAUUACUUUUAAUGGUCCUUCACUAAUAAUUCUCUUCAUACUUUACUCUGCAAUAUUACAAAACUUCUUGCAAUCCUACUAGCGUAAUCUGUUGAUUACAGUUGCUUUUCAAAUAGUUCACAUAUUUACUCCAGUCCUCUGAGGAUCUCUGAUCCCGCAGGUUUCGAAUCCUUCCUGUCAUCUUGUCUAAUUCUGCAUAGUCCAUUAAUUUCGCCUCCCAUUCCUCUUUUGUCGGUAAGUCUUCUUGUUUCUAUUUCUGUGCCAAUAGUACUCUUGCUACCGUUAUUGCAUAUAAAAACAGUUUAUUAUCCUGUCUAUUAAUAUCCUCCCCUACAAUGCCAAAUAGAAAUGCUUCUGGGUUUUUUUAAUAAAUGUAUAUUUCAACAUCCUUUUCAUCUCAUUAUGUAUCAUUUCCCAGAAGCUUUUCGCUUUCUUACAUUCCCAGCUUUCAGUAAGCUCUUUGGGGCGCAGACUUACCGUUCUGUUACAGUAUUACACUGAACAGAGGUGGCAAUUGAGGGUGAUUGUAAAAACAGUGCCUCUGAGCGUGCACAGAGCGUUUUACCCUCUCUGAAGGCUUCCCUCCUCCUUCUCGUCAUUAGGCCUUUUAAAAAAAAGUCAUUCCUAGUCCAAUUUUCCUCCAGAGGAGUUCGGGGGCGGGGGGGCUUGUAUCCAAUGCUAGUCCUACUCGGAAUAGACUGACCAAAGUUACUAGACGAGGAUAACUUAGGUCCAUUCAGUUGGAAGCAAUAAUGUUCCUAAAUACCAGUCGCUGGAAACCACAGGAAGGGAGAAUGCUUUUGCAUUGGAAUCAUGCUUUUGAGCAUCCCAUAAUGUCCACUGUGAGAACAGGAUGCUGCCCUGUUGGCUUGAUCCAGCAGGCUAUUGCUUUUUUUCUGCUUGGGGACUUCCUGGAUGCCCCUUGUUCGCCCGUGAUUUUUGUGGUUGUUAUCUAUAUAUUUGCCAGUUUUAAAAUACCACUUGACUGACGGAAACCUCUCUAUAAAUGGUUCAUAUCCAAACUAUGCAAAACGUUUACUACAAAGUGCCAAUGCAAAUCUAAAGCUCAAGAAGAAACGGGCACAGAAUCUAUCCGCCUACUGAUAAAUUUAUCAGCCAGCAGUUUUAAAACAGGGACAACCAAUGACAUAUUAAGCAAAUUAUUUGUUCCAUAUUGAGUCUUGGCCAAGCCUACCUGGCAGGGCUGUUGCUAGGAUUAAAUGAGGAAUGCCAGAGAGAAACAUUGAGCAGUUUGGAGGAAAAUGGGAUGGAAAUGCAAUAAAUAAAACAAACAAACAAAGGUUAAAAUGACAUGGUAGGAUGUUGUUGUUGUUGUUUAGUCGUUUAGUCGUGUCCGACUCUUCGUCACCCCAUGGACCAGAGCACGCCAGGCACUUCUGUCUUCCACUGCCUCCUGCGGUUUGGUCAAACUCAUGCUGGUAGCUUCGAGAACACUGUCCAACCAUCUCGUCCUCUGUCAUCCCCUUCUCCUUGUGCCCUCCAUCUUUCCCAACAUCAGGGUCUUUUCCAGGGAGUCUUCUCUUCUCAUGAGGUGGCCAAAGUAUCGGAGCCUCAGCUUCAGGAUCUGUCCUUCCAGUGAGCACUCGGGGCUGAUUUCCUUAAGAAUGGAUAGGUUUGAUCUUCUUGCAGUCCAUGGGACUCUCAAGAGUCUCCUCCAGCACCAGAAUUCAAAAGCAUCAAUUCUUCUGCGAUCAACCUUCUUGAUGGUCCAGCUCUCACUUCCAUACAUCACUACUGGGAAAACCAUAGCUUUAACUAUACGGACCUUUGUUGGCAAGGUGAUGUCUCUGCUUUUUAAGAUGCUGUCUAGGUUUGUCAUUGCUUUUCUCCCAAGAAGCAGGCAUCUUUUAAUUCCGUGGCUGCUGUCACCAUCUGCAGUGAUCAUGGAACCCAAGAAAGUGAAAUCUCUCACUGCCUCCAUUUCUUCCCCUUCUAUUUGCCAGGAGGUGAUGGGCCCAGUGGCCAUGAUCUUCGUUUUUUUGAUGUUGAGCUUCAAACCAUAUUUUGGGCUCUCCUCUUUCACCCUCAUUAAAAGGUUCUUUAAUUCCUCCUCACUUUCUGCCAUCAAGGUUGUGUCAUCUGCAUAUCUGAGGUUGUUGAUAUUUCUUCCGGCAAUCUUAAUUCUGGCUUGGGAUUCAUCCAGCCCAGCCUUCCGCAUGUUAAAUUCUACCUAUAAGUUAAAUAAGCAGGGAGACAAUAUACAGGACAUGGCAGGAUAAGGGACCCGAAUUUAUCCGGCAAGGCUCUUCCUUCGCUUCUGGAAUCAGGAAAUUUGAGACGGUCCCUUCUCCUGGGAGGGAGCAGGAGUGGAAAGGAGGUGCUGACGCAUGCGCAGACAGUGGUGAUGCGAUUGCCUUUGCCCAGGACCUGGUGGCGAGUUCGAGUUCUGCCAGAGGCAGAUCGAGCUGCUGCAGCCGCCGGGAUGUCGGGGCUACGCGGGCAGAGCCUCGGGGUGCGCUCGGUGCUGGGCACCAUGGAGUUCGGGCGCAGGGCAGACGCGGCGGCCAGCGGGGCGAUGCUGCGCGCGUUCCUGGCCCGCGGGCACUGCGAGGUGGAUACCGCGCAUAUGUACGCGGGGGGCGAGUCGGAGCGGAUCCUGGGCGCCUGGCUGGCGGCUGAACCCAAAGCUGCGGCGGCAGGUAGGUGGGGCUGCUGUAGACGUUGUCGAGCCCAGCUGGCCGGCAACGGUUCCUCUGGGCGCAUGCAGAGUGCCUCGCACGCAUUGACACGUCGCCGCGAAGCUUCAUCAGGAUUCGAAUCGAGUUCCGUUUUGCAGGCGCGCCUACGGGAGUCCUGGCUGGAAGGGGAGAACAUCUGCCUUGCAUCAUGCAAUUCAGUUCCCACGGGCAUCUCAGGAUUGGGCUGGGAAUGCACCGUGCCUGAACCCCUGGAGAGCUGCUGCCGGUCAGUGUAGACGUAACUGGGCUCAGUGGACCAGUGGUCUGGCUCUGUUUAAGACAGCUUCCUAUGACACGCUGAGGCUGGGGGGGGGGGUCGUCUCUUGCAUAGACCAGCCUGCAAAACAGCAACAGCAACAGAGCAACGGUGCAUUUGAACAUGUGCAGAGUGCAUUUCUCGCUUCUAUCUCCCCACCCUUUCCAUGCAGUCAAAACUAAUCCAACUCCACCCCCACCCCCAUUUUAAACCCAUGCUCAUCUGUACUCAUUCUUUGUCUUUUAUUGUUUGGCCUUUCAUUUUCUUAUUUUUCAUCGGUUGUUCCAGCAACAUCUGGAAGGCCACCCCAGACUUGAAACAUGGAUUCCCCAUCUCUGGGUGCAGCCUUCCCCACUGAAGCUCAAAAACGGACCAGUUGCUACCCCACACCAGAUUCUUAAUUAGGUAGCUCCACCAACCAGGCCCACUAGCAACAUGAUCCCUGCAUCUUUUGGUCUCUCUCUGCUCUUAAAUUUAUUGCCUCAGAGGGUUGAUAAUCUGGUUAUUCAGCAACUCAAAGGGCUGGAAAUCAAUCAAAAGGGCUGUCUUUAUACCCUUGCCUUUAUUCCAGUGGUCAAAAGUCUCCUGCGAGUUUGCAAAGAUCCCUGAUUAUACUGAAAGCCUUCCCACCUAAUCUGAAGGCCAGUUGGAGUUGCUAAGCAGCUUGAGAAGGGAAAGGAAUUUGAACAUAGAAUCAUAGAAGCUGGAAGGGACCCUGAGGGUCAUCUAGUCCAACCCCCUUGCAAUGCAGGCAUCUCAACUGAAGCAUCCAUGGCAGAUGGCCAUCCAACCUCUUCUUAAAAACCUCCAAGGAAGGAGAGCCCCCCACCAUCCAGGGGAGACUGUUCCACUGUCAAACAGCUCUUAACAGUCAGAAGGUUUUUCCUGAUGUUUAGUUGGAAUCUCCCUACAAGAAAGCCACUGGUUCGAGUCCUACCCUCCAGAGCAGGAGAAAACAAGCAUGUUCCCUCUUCCAUUUGACAGUCCUUUAGGUAUUUGAAGAUGGCUCAGUCUCCUCUUUCGCAAGCUAAACAUUCCCAGCUCCCUCAGCCUUUACUCCUAAGGCUUAAUUUCAGAUUCUCCUAAGUGUACUACUUAUUAUUAGGGCAUAGGGGGUGAAAAAGCCUUUGACAACCCAAGGGCCACUUUUCCUUCUGUGCAGCCUUCCGGGGGCCAGAUGCAAGGGAUGGGCAGGGCCAGAGGGGGAAGUGGGCAGAGCAAUGGAUGCAAAUUUUAGCUUUGUGCACUAGACUAGUUUCCUACACAUACAAUCUCUGUCCUCCAUCUGGGCAAGGAAGAGGCGCAGUCAGAAUUCAAGGUCAUGUUCCAUCACACGAAGCCUGAGAGCAGGUUCGUUGGGGGUGUGGCCUGUGGGGAGGGGUGUGGCUUGGGGAGAGCCCUGGGGGGCCCAGAUGGACAGACUUGGUGGGCUGUAUUUGGCUCUGCCUGCCUUGUUAAUAUUUGUUUGCUCCUUAUCCUGGUGUUGGGGGCUCCUCUUUACAGAAUGACACGGGUGGCGCUGUGGGUUAAACUACUGAGCCUAGGGCUUGCCGAUCAGAAGGUUGGCGGUUCAAAUCCCCGCGACGGGGUGAGCUCCCGUUGCUCGAUCCCUGCUCCUGCCAACUUAGCAGUUUGAAAGCACGUAAGUAAGUAGAUAAAUAGGUACCGCUCCGGCAGGAAGGUAAACGGCGUUUCCGUGCGCUGCUCUGGUUCACCAGAAGCGGCUUAGUCAUGCUGGCCACAUGACCCGGACGCUGUACGCCGGCUCCCUUGGCCAGUAAGGCGAGAUGAGCGCCGCAACCCCAGAGUCGGUCACGACUUAACCUAAUGGUCAGGGGUCCCUUUACCUUUACAGAAUGCAGUCAGAGUUCCUUUCCUUCCCUGAUCAUCAUCAUCUUUGGCAAUCACUCAUAGCCUAGUAAGAUUGUCUUCCAUGAACACGAGUUUAAAAGUGAGUCCGUAAGUGACUGUGGAGGCCCAUUCUGGAUCCACACGUCCUUCCACAGUGGGCACAUAGGUUUCCGGGUGGGAGUUGAUCAUGGUGAGGGUUUGCCAAGCGUGCCUUCCUCUUAGCACGUUUCUCCCUUGCGUCCUGAGUGCGAGUGUCUUCAAAGCCCAUGACACCUUUGGUAAAGGCUGUUCUCCAACUGGAGCGCUCGCAGGCCAGUGUUUCCCAGUUGUCAAUGUUUAUCCUACACUUUUUUACAUUUGCCUUGAGAGGGUGUUUAAGCCUCUUUUGUUGACCACCGGCAUUACACUUUCCAUUUUUAAGUUCAGAAUAGAGUAGUUGCUUUGGAAGAUGAUCAUCAGGCAUCUGCACAACAUGACCAGUCCAACAAAGUUUAUGUUGAAGAAUCAAUUGCUUCGACACUGGUGAUCUUUCCUUCUUCCAGGACACUGGCAUUAGUUUGCCUGUCUUCCCAAGUGAGGUGUAAAAAUAUUCGGAGACACCGUUGAUGGAAUCUUUCGAGGAGUUGGCGUUUAUAAGUGGUCCAUGUUUCACAAAAGGGCUGGUUUUGGGGUGGGUUUUUGGAAGACCCUGUGUGUGAAUUUGUUUUAUGUGUGUAGAUCAGUGCAUGCUGACCAACGCACAGUAUUCGCGGUAAGGCUCUACAGUUCUUGGGUUAAGAACUUAAUUCGUUCUGGAGGUCCGUUCUUAACCUCAAACUGUUCUUAACCUGAAGCACCACUUUAGCUAAUGGGGCCUCCCGCUGCCACCACGGUGCGAAUUCUGAUCUCAUACUGUUCUUAACCCGAGGUACUAUUUCUGGGUUAGUGGAGUCUGUAACCUGAAGCGUCUGUAACCCGAGGUACCACUGUACUUCCCUGAUCUAGUCCUCUCUUCCCCACCAGUCAAGGUAGCCACCAAGGCAAAUCCAUUGGAGGGCAAUACUCUGAAGGCUGAUGGCGUUCGCUCCCAGCUGGAGACGUCCCUCCAGAGGCUGCAGGCGAAGAGUGUUGACCUCUUCUACCUCCAUAUGCCCGACCACAAGACCCCCCUGGAAGAGACGCUGAAGGCCUGCAAUGAGCUACACAGAGAGGUGCAAAAAGUGGGGUUUUUGGGAGGGGGCGGGAAACUGAUUCUCAUGACUGGGUGGCUCAUUUGGGCCUCCCAGUCGGUGUUUGAUGUGCUGCUUUUGUAUCCCCCUUUCCUUCUGAAAGGGACGCGGGUGGUGCUGUGGGUUAAACCACAGAGCCUAGGACUUGCCAAUCAGAAGGUCGGCGGUUUGAAUCCCUGCGACGGGGUGAGCUCCCGUUGAUCAGUCCCAGCUCCUGCCCACCUAGCAGUUCGAAAGCACGUCAAAGUGCAAGUAGAUAAAUAGGUACUGCUCCGGCGGGAAGGUAAACGGGGUUUCCGUGCACUGCUCUGGUUCACCAGAAGUGGCUUAGUCAUGCUGGACACAUGACCCGGAAACUGUACGCCGGCUCCCUCGGCCAGUAAAGUGAGACAAGCGCCGCAACCCCAGAGUCGUCCACGACUGGACCUAAUGGUCAGGGGUCCCUUUACCUUUACCUUUUCCUUCUAAACAAAUCAAGGCGCCUUCCAAUCCCCGAGUUAAAACAACACACAUGCAAGGCCUGCAAUAUUCCACACUGGUGUCCGGAAUAGAGGGGGUGCAAAGGUCACGAGUUCCGUUCCAACCGGCGUUCAUUCAGCACAAUCCGCCGUGCUUCCUUUCUGCUGCAGUUCGCCUUCUGCCAAAUACAAACCUUGUCUGUGUCGCGCUUGUCUGCUAUCUGACCUAAAGUUGCAUCGCUGUUUAAGUCACUUACAUUUGCUCUGACGUCAAGGAAAUGCCCAAACAGUGUGUGGGGGGGGAAGAACCCCUAAUAAGAUUUUAUUAAUUUAUUUAUUUGCAUUUACAUUCCACCUUUUUUCAUCCCAAGCAGCUCCGGGUGGCGUACAUUACGGCCACAGCUUAUGCACAUUUAGCUUGUACGCAUUGAGUUUUAUACACAUGGCCAAGUUUGGUGAUCCUGCAUGGUAUUGAAAUUAAUGGGUUUUGACCUCACAUGAUUUUGGCUUUAGGUGCUAUCCCUGGAAUGCAACCCCCAUGCAGGUUGUGGGCCUACUGUACAUGGUUCUUACUUGCUCCCCUAAUUAAUUUAAUUUAAUCCAAUCCAAUCCAAUCCAAUCCAAUCCAAUCCAAUUUAUGUUGGGCUAAGAGGCAGUGACUGGUCUCCCACAGUCAUCCAUUCAUGGCCGAGAGGGGAUUUGAACCCUGGUCUCCCAUGUCCCUAGUUCUCAUUUAACCACCAGAUCCUUUGGUCUGAUCCAGCACCCAGCCUCCUCUUCUGGUCUUAAGACCGUCUGUGAACAUAGAGCUAAAAAUACAGGGGCUUAUUUGUUUUUUUUCUUCCGACAGGGGAAGUUUAAGGAACUGGGUCUCUCCAACUAUGCCUCUUGGCAGGUGGCGGAAAUCUGUGGCAUCUGCAAGACCAACAACUGGGUGUUGCCAACAGUAUACCAGGUGAGAGCUGGGUGGACGAAUGGAGGUCUUUUCCCCAAGGUGUUUGGUCAGGGCUGGGCAACCUGUGGCCCCUCCAAACAUGUCUGGACUCUCAGCCUCCAUCACUCUUGACCAUUGACCAAGCUGGUAAUGGUUUAAGUCUGUGGAUUAGAAUCAUAGGAUUGUAGCUUUGGAAAGUCCUGCAAUGAGUCUACAAAGCCCAGCUCAGUCACUGAGACCACCUGCAGGAGUGUUGCUGGUUUUUCUUUUUAAUGUUUGAUAGUGCAUUGUGUUUCUAUUAUUUGACAAGAAACCAAGCCUUGAUUGGCCCAGUCCUGUGGAAUUCUCUGCCAGCCAGUGCCUUCUGUGCCAGCCUUUAAAUACAUGCUGAAAAUGUAUUUGUUCUGCAAGGCUUACGCAGGUAGUUUAGAAUACACAUUUCCAUAAUAGCUACUUUCCAAUGGUUUUUUUUAAUAAAAAAGCAUGGUUUUUAUUGGAUGAACACCAAUUGCUGGAAACUGAAGGAGGGGAGAGGACUCUUGGGCUUGAAUCUCGCUUGCAGGUGUCCCAUUGGGGAAACACGUGUCUGAUAUUGGUGAUUUAUUAGAUUUCUACACUGCCCUUCAUCCGAGGCUCAUAGGGCAGUUUACAGUACGUAUGAAAGCACCAAAAUCCACAACAUAAUUAGAAAGAGAACAAUCUCUCUCUCCCCUCCCUUCUCCUGAUGUCAAUUAGCAGGGAGUUCCAAAGGUGCUGCCACAAUAAAUGACCAGUUUCUUACAAAUGCAGAACGGAUGUUCGAUGGCACCUGUAGUAGUGGCAGUUCCCUCGGUCAGUGGGCAGAAGGGAUUUUGCAACAACGGUCUGCUCCAAGGCUUCUUUAUGGAUUUUGUUUUUUACUGUCUUUUCCCCAAAGGGCAUGUACAACGCUACGACGCGCCAAGUGGAGACCGAAUUGCUGCCAUGCCUUAGACAUUUUGGGAUUCGAUUCUACGCAUAUAAUCCACUGGCUGGUACGGGUCUGGCAAGGAAUGCCAGGGAAUGGGGUGGUUUCAGUGGCAGGGCUGCAAAACUUUAGGCACAAGGCGAAAAUGUUUCUCUUCAACCAGGCUGAUUAACAACCUAUGGUUUUUAAAUGUGUGGGGGUUUUUUGCGGGUAUUGGUCUAGUUUUUGUUUUGUGUUCAUUUUGUAUUUUUUCUGUUGUGAACUGCCUUGGGAUCUUCACACAGAAUAUGCAUAUUUAUUAAAUGUGUUGUUGUUGCUGUUUUAUGGGCAGAAUGACAGACAAAUCCAAAGAGGUGCUGGAGUUUUAGCUGUGGGGUGAAAAGGGAGUGGAUUGACCUAAGUGAGGCACCUUCACUUAUAAGGUUCUAGUCCCUAACGUUUGGGCGUAAACUUUCACCUCUUGCAGGAGGGCUCCUGACUGGGAGGUACAAGUACGAAGACAAAGACUCUAACCAGCAGCCAGCUAGCAGGUUUUUCGGCAACGACUGGGCCAAAAUCUACAGGGACAGGUGGGUCUAAAGAUGGCAAAAGGGGCUUGCAUCUUGAAGGCAGGGGAUGACUCAAUUCUGUUGAUGUAGGAAGAGGCUAGCUUCUUGAACACAGGGGCAAGAAAUUAAACUGCUAAUGCUGGGAAGUAGUUCUUGUUUUUUGGAGGAAAGAGAUCAGAGCAAUAAAUACGGGGUUAAAGGUAAAGGGACCCCUGACCGUUAGGUCCAGUCGCGGACGACUCUGGGGUUGCAGUGCUCAUCUUGCUUUAUUGGCCGAGGGAGCCGGCGUACAGCUUCCGGGUCAUGUAGCAGCAUGACUAAGCCACUUCUGGCGAACCAGAGCAGCACGGACACGCCGUUUACCUUCCCGCUGGAGUGGUACCUGUUUAUCUACUUGCACUUUGUGCUUUUGAACUGCUAGGUUGGCAGGAGCAGGGACCGAGCAACGGGAGCUCACCCCAUCGCGGGGAUUUGAACCGCCAACCUUCCGAUCGGCAAGUCCUAGGCUCUGUGGUUUAGACAACAGCGCCACCCGCGUCCCUAAUACGGGGUUAGGGGAGUGAUUUUGUUAGCCAUGGCACUAAAUGGAACCUCUGGGCGCAGUGGCAGUCUACCUCUGAACACCAGGUGCUGGCAUUCGCAUCCUGCAUGUGCACCAGAUGGCCUGAUACAGUGGUAAAGGUAAAGGUAAAGGGACCCCUGACCAUUAGGUCCAGUCGUGACCGACUCUGGGGUUGCGGCGCUCAUCUUGCUUUAUUGGCCGAGGGAGCCGGUGUACAGCUUCUGGAUCAUGUGGUCAGCAUGACUAAGCCACUUCUGGCGAACCAGAGCAGCGCACGGAAACCCCGUUUACCUUCCCGCCGGAGCAGUACCUAUUUAUCUACUUGCACUUUGACGUGCUUUCGAACUGCUAGGUUGGCAGGAGCAGGGACCGAGCAACGGGAGCUCACCCCGUCACAGGGAUUCGAACCGCCGACCUUCUGAUCGGCAAGUCCUAGGCUCUGUGGUUUAACCCACAGCGCCACCCGUGUCCCACGAUACAAUUGUAACUGCCAUCUAUUACUGCCGUUUUGCUUUGUUUAUUAUGUAAGAUUCAUUCAGAUAUAUAGGCAUACAUAUAAACAUGCAGAAUGUAAAUGACCUUAAUUUUUUUAAAACAACAACUACUCUGCAGGUAUUGGAAGAAGCAUCAUUUCCAGGGGCUGGACUUGGUCGAGAAAGCCCUCCACGAGGCGUAUGGCUCAGACACACCCAGCUUGACUUCAGCCGCCCUGCGCUGGAUCUAUCAUCACUCAAAGCUGCAGGUAAUGGUGAACUUUUCCGCCAGCCCGAUAUGGUAUGGGGAAGAAGUUUGUGUGUGUGUCUGAGGCCAGGUCUAAACUGUUCUACAGUGGUACCUCGGGUUACAGACGUUUCAGGUUACAGACUCCGCUAACCCAGAAAUAGUACCUUGGGUUAAGAACUUUACCUCAGGAUGAGAACAGAAAUCGUGCAGUGGCGGAACAGCAGCAGCAGGAGGCCCCAUUAGCUAAAGUGGUACCUCAGGUUAAGAACAGUUUCUGGUUAAGAACGGACCUCCAGAACGAAUUAAGUUCUCAACCCGAGGUACCACUGUAUUCCCAAAACAGAAUCAAUAAAUGACUUCUGGUAGGUCUAAUAUUCUGGAGGUGACAUAUGCUACUUACAUCCCCUGCUCUCAAUUUUUUAUCCUCACAACCACCCUGCAAGAUGCAUCAAGGGGAAACCUGUUUUUUGUUUAUUAUUAUUAAUUAUUAUUAUUAUUAUUAUUAUUAUUAUAUUCAUACCCCAUCCAUCUGGCUGGGUUUCCCCAGUCACUCUGAGCGGCUUCCAACAAAAGAUAAAAAAUACAUUAAAACAUCAGUCAUUAAAAACUUCCCUAAACAGGGCUGUUCGACUUCUGAGGCGCGUUCGAAAACAGAAUCAAUUACUUCUGGGUUUUCGGGGUUCGAAAACCGAAACGUUCAGCUUCCGAGACGCUCGAAAACCGAGGUGCCACUAUAUACCCCAAAUGAGGUGUCCUUUUGUCAUAUAAAAAAUCCAAAACGUUCUUUUAAUUUUGCUGCCAGCUUUGGCCUUCCUCGUAAGCCGAGUCUUCCAAUGUUCACCUUUCCCUCUUCUUGCUCUUUUCCCCCCUAGGCUGACCUUGGCGAUGCUGUGAUCAUUGGGAUGUCCACCAUGGAUCAGUUGCAGGAGAAUCUCAAGUGCAGCGAGCAAGGUCCCCUCCUGCCCGGCGUGGUCGAGGCCUUUGAGAAAGCUUGGCAUCUCACAGCCCACGACUGCCCCAACUACUUCCGCUGAAGGCUUCUGCAGCUUCCAGGAUAAACGAGAGCACCCAUCAGAGACCCCCACCCCUUUGGACUCUCGUUUUGCCACAAACACCCUCUUCUGCUUCAGAGGUUCCUCCCUUUCCCUUGGAAUAAACCCAAGCCAACACCUCCGUGGCCUUAGAUCAAGAAAGCACUUUUCCCUGGCAAGAUUUCUGCAACACUUUCUGGGUCCCUGAAAGUGGCUUUCAUCCUUCAAAAUAAAAAUAUUGGUUGCACCUUCUAGCUCUCUUCUCUGCUCCCCACCUCACAGAAGUACAGUGGUACCUCGGGUUAAGUACUUAAUUCAUUCCGGAGGUCCGUACUUAACCUGAAAGUGUUCUUAACCUGAAGCACCACUUUGCUAAUGGGGCCUCCUGCUGCCGCCGCACCGCCGGAGCACAAUUUCUGUUCUCAACCUGAAGCAAAGUUCUUAACCCGAGGUACUAUUUCUGGGUUAGUGGAGUAUGUAACCUGAAGCGUAUGUAACCUGAGGUACCAUUGUAAUGCAUGUCAAGUAGAUGCUUCUAACACUUUGGAACUCCCUGCCUGUUGAUAUCAGGCAGGUAUCUUCGCUAUACCUUUUGGUGCCUGCUAAAACCAUUUUUGCUUAGACAAGGCUACACAGAUGCUGUGAGCCUUAGUCUGUGUUUACUAAGAGACAUCCAAAAAGUUAAAAUAGUAGUUUCUUUGGGUCUUGCUUUAACAAUCCAGUGGUAUAUAAAUUUUAUUAAAUCAAUACAGUGGUACAUCAGGUUAAGAACUUAAUUCGUUCUGGAGGUCCGUUCUUAACCUGAGGUACCACUUUAGCUAAUGGAGCCUCUAGCUGCUGCCGCUGCGCGAUUUCUGUUCUCUUCCUGAAGCAAAGUUCUUAACCCGAGGUACUAUUUCUGGGUUAGCGGAGUCUGUAACCUGAAGUGUCUGUAACCCGAGGUACCACUGUAAAAUAAACGCUCUACCCCUGAGCUGAGGCCCUUUCCUAUAAAGAAACUGGUGGUGGUUCUGUCAGAAUAAUUUCUUAACCGG